AUGCCUGGAUGGUUUCCGACUGAGAGGUUCGAUACCGCAGGAUGGCGACUGGAAGGCGUCGGCCUUCUCGCCGUGCUUGGGGAGUCGUCUGUGGCUGAUCAAGCCCAGCCGCUGACUGCGUCCAAGUUGUCCCUACUGCCGCGUUUGAUACCAGCACCGCAGGCCCUGCUUCGUGCAACACGCCCGGUGAGGCUUCCAAGCCCUCCAGCAGUUGUUUGCGGCGUGCAUUCAGGGACACUGGUUCAUGAGUUGAAUUACUUCCCCAAUAUCAUUCAUCCAAUCGCCGACUUGAAGCCGUACCAAGUGGUUGUGUACGAGAUCUCUUGGGCCGAGAAAAGAACCAAGUACGAGAAAUCACAGAGCAUCAAGCUGGAAAAGCUGAUCAUGCCCGAAGGCCUACGCUCCAAAAGACCUGUCUCUGUGCCACCUCCGCAUAAACAUGGAAACAAAUAUGCAAUUACUCCAAAUAAGUGGUCGCCUCUAAGCCUGAUCACCAUCUCGUCCUUCCUGAUGACCGCAUGCGCCUUUGCUUGGGCGCUAGUCAUAAGGGAUGGGACGGCAGCAGUUGCAAUUUUCCUAAUGUCCAUGGUGUCGACGCUGAACGGAUUUGCUUUUUACUGGAAGCCUCAUCUGGCCGUGCGGCCGUCGUCUGCAGUUGUGCCAAGGGGAGACAUCAUCAUACGGACGCGCGAGGGCGCUUUUAUUGUCGUGCGAUGCACCGAGGAGCUAGCUCGCGAGCUCUAUACUGGUACGGAGGAAUGCAACUACUCCCUUAGUGAGCAGUGGGCAAGGGUUCUAGUGGGUAUCGGAACGUUCCUCAUCAUGUUUGCCGUCGUGCUACUCGGGAACUGUGAAUGGACGAUGCAGGCUGUUGUGUCCGCAAUUUACAUGCUCAUGAACGCCAUGUACUGGGGAUCAUCGUUGAUGCCUAAGAGUUGGAUAUGGGAUAUGUCUCGCUAUGAUUGGAAAGACGUCACCCCAGACAACGUCAAGGCAGCCCAUGAGAUUGGCAGCGAUGGCGCCCAGCCAAGCUUCACACGGACUCUCUGGUAUGCCAUCCAUGCCACGGAGGAGAUUAACUGGGUGAUUGUUAGCGGCGCGGUUCCGCAGACCCAAGCGUGGGAGAACUGGCUUGAGCUUGCAUAUGCAAACCGUACUGAUCCAGACUGGGACGCCGUUGGUGAAAAGGAUCGGUUGAUGGCAGAAGCGCGCCGAUCCCAGCUAGUACCGUCUCGUAAGGAUCACGACAGUUAA